AUGUUUCUUUAGUAAUGUUGUUUUAAUGAUUGCUCUUAGCUUAUUUUUAAGAUUAUAUUUAUGCAUUUGAUUUCUAUGGCUUAGCUGUUUAUAGCUUUACAUUAUCUUUAUUAUUUUUCUGAAUUUUAUCUAUCUUAGUUAUUGGAUCUAUUUUAGUUUCUGAAGUUGGUUUUGCAUUUUUUUGGUUAUUUCCCUUUUUUAAUGCAUUAAUAUUUUAAGAGGUGGCCCUUUCUAUCACUUGUUUAUUUUGUGAAUAAUUAUGCUUUAUCCCUUUAACAGACUUUUCUUUUAUUGUAUCAAAGUUAGCGCUCUAUAUUUCUCUGUUCUUUUUUGAAUCUUAUGGAAUCUCUGUAGGAGAUUAAAUUGAUUUUUGUGUUAAUAAUCCGCUUGUAAUUCCGCCUGUAAAUUUAUAGCUUUAACUAUCUUUAUUUUAACUACGAUUAUUUUCAGGUGAGAACUCUUGAGUUCUUUGCAUAUUUUUUUGAUGCAUAUACUGAGAUUCUUGUUAACUAUCUUCUUGAAGUUAGUUAAAAUUAAGUUUUCUGGAUGCGUUUAUAUUCCAAGGAUUGA